AUUUCCGAUUUUAUUUUGUGGACUGGGCUUGAAAUGGAUUAUGUAAUUAAUAAGGGGAAAAUCGAUUUCCAGGGAACAAAAAGAUGCAUCAGAGGAUGAACUGGAAAUAACUUAUUCUUCUUUUGGUUCUGCACAGUCAUCUGAGUUUAAUGAGCAUGAGUUUGAAAAUCUUUCGACUCGUGAUGAACGAAUUGAUUAUUUAUUAACUGCUCGAGAAAAAAUUAGAAGUGGUCUGAAAUUAAGAGAGGUUCCAGAUGAUUCUAAAGCAUUCAGCAAUUUGCAAAUCGAUCGAUUAUUGAAGAGAAAUCGCAUAAACGAACAGCUGCAAUUGUUCGUUUUUAAGCUAAAAGAUGAGGCCUUGAAGAAACAUAUAUUUUCGGUAGAUGAACAACAAAGUUGCUCGGGUGGUAACAUCAAAUUGGCUACAAUGGAAGGUUUGGAUAGAAUUCAUAUAAUCACAGAUGACAGUGAAGUUCAGAUAAUUGAUGAUCAAAAAGAAAAAAAGAAGAAACUUUUGAUGGACUCCUUAACUUGGCCACAUUUUAUCGAAACUGUUAGGAAAGAGAAAGAAGAAAGCGUUAAACAAGCAAGUUUUCUGGCGAAUUAA